AUGGAAUUAAUAUAUCAAGGCGAAACGUCGCCCUUUCCUCCAAAAUUAAACCAUAGGAAAGCAAAGUGCAAUCCAAACAACGGAGGCUAUAAACCAUUUUAUCCUUCCGUGAAUCCAUCCACCAUGCCAACCAUACCGAAAAGCAUCUCUAAGGCAUCCUCACAAGAUGCUACCAAGUCCCUCAAGAAGAAGACUAGAGAUCAGCUCAAAGAAUUGCCGGAGGUACUUUCCAUGUGGAUCGAGGAGUCGAGCGGUACUCAAGCAUAUGGAGACCCCUGGAACUCGGUGCGGGCCGAUGCGGAUCCUAGAGGCAACCCAAACGCAAAAAUAUGA